UCAACACGUCACGUCAGCUGUUUUUUGUUUACAUCAGAUCGUUCUUUCUCCUCCAGAGUCAAGUUCAGCGCUGUUGUUUUGCUGUUUAAAUAUUUCACAUCGAGAUGUGAAAAAGCAGCGUUUGGCAAUCGAUGGGUAAACACAUGAGUGAAACGGUUGUCGAUUCCGCCAUCGCACGACUGUGCUAGGCCUCUGUCCGCUCUGACCCAGACACACACUCUCUCCUUCACCAUGGGUGGUGCUGUGAGUGCUGGAGAGGACAACGAUGAACUGAUCGACAACCUGAAGGAGGCACACUACAUUCGUUCAGAGUUGGUUGAAAGGGCUUUCCGGGCCAUCGAUCGUGCUGAUUACUAUUUGGAGGAGUACAAGGACAGUGCCUACAAAGACCUGGCCUGGAGGCAUGGCAACCUCCACUUGUCCGCUCCCUGCAUCUAUUCGGAAGUGAUGGAGGCACUGGAGCUGCAGCCUGGCCUUUCUUUCCUUAACCUAGGCAGUGGAACAGGCUACCUCAGCACCAUGGUGGGCCUCAUCUUGGGUCCAUUCGGUGUGAAUCACGGUGUUGAGCUGCAUGUAGAUGUGGUGGAGUAUGCCUACCAGAAACUCGACUACUUCAUCAAAACCAGUGACAGCUUUGACAGGUUUGAGUUCUGUGAGCCAUCGUUUGUUGUGGGGAACUGUCUGGAAAUUCUUCCAGAGAGCCGCCAGUAUGACAGAGUGUACUGUGGGGCUGGAGUGCAGAAAGAAUAUGAGAACUACAUGAAGAAUCUGCUGAAGGUUGGAGGAAUCUUAGUGCUGCCACUGGAAGAGAAGUUGACCAAGAUCACACGCAGCGGUCAAAACUCCUGGGAGACAAAGAAAAUCAUAGCUGUGACUUUCGCUCCUCUGGUGCAGCCCAAACAAAGCAUUAAUGGGAGAGGCAAAAGUGUGCCACUACCCAUCUUUGAGGUGCGAACGCUGCAGGAUUUGGCACGCAUCUCCAUCCGCCAUACCCUGCGUGAGCCCAUGGAGCUGACAGAGGGCCGUUCCAAAAGGCGAGUAUCAUUCCCUGGAGCUCGUGCCAUGCACCGCUAUGGGCCUCGCUUCGAACGCCGCCGUUUCUGUCGCCGCUUCUACCGUCAAUGCAUCAGCUCCACCAUCCUUCACGAGUCCAUGAUGCCGAUGGCCACAGAUGACUGCAGCUACCCAGGAGGUGUGGAAGAAGAGGAAGAGGAGGAAGCUGAGGAGGAGAGGAACUGCCACCGAACAGGGGGAGACCUGCAGGAGGAGGAGGAGGAGGAGGAGAGCACCACUGGUGAAGAUGAGGAGAAGGUCAAUCGAGCUGAGGCACCGGUCAAUGUUCUGAGGCAGAGGAUCCUGGGACUGCCCUUGCCUGAGCCACUCAAGAUGUAUCUCUUAUAUUAUCGUGAGAAAUGAGUUAAAGAAAGUUAGUGUCAAUGGGCUAAAGUGAAUUUUAAAGGUCCAACUCACAUGAGUUCACCCAUAAUUAAAUCACUAUCUGUUUUCCCAUUGAGACGCAAACUAGCUGCAUUCUGGAUGCAUGAAGAACUCAUAUGGGUUUCCUGCACUACCUUCUUAACACUUGUGUGAGUUAUUUUUUGAGUUUCUUCUGUGAUUUCUGUCUGAUUUUAGAAAUCCCAGCCCCACUUUGCAGUGAACAAAGAUGACCUGUAUAUCAUUUUCAUGAGGACGGUGGACUAUUUCAGCAUGAUUAGUGUGAUGCCAUGACUUGACUGACAGUAGCAUCAUUUUUGGAUGUUUUCCAACAUUGGUAUGGUGGACUAAAAUCAUUGUAUAUUUUUCAAUAGGUUUAUGAAAGCUGUUGUCUAUUGUUGAACUGCUUUCCUUGUUACAGUCUCUAUUACCAUAAGGUACUAGAUUCCAUUUGCAUGUGUAGUGCUUCUGUGCACCUGCAUUUUGUUGUGAUUUGUUUAAACACGUUAUGCUGUGCAAGUCAGUUUAUGUUUGGGGGUAAAGAUACAUUUGACACGGUCAUUGUGAUGUCAGGUUAAAACAACUGUUAAGAUAUUUACAUCACAUGUAAAUUUUAUUUAUUUAUUGUGCCCCUAGAGUCCAGCACACACCACACUGCAACAUGCACACACAGAAAUAAUACUGUCUAGAACAGUGGUUCUCAAAGUGGGGUUUGUGACUAUUAUUUAUUUACAAACCACAGUCAUCACUGUUAUCAUGUUUAAUAAUGAGUUCUGAGUAGGUCUUUAAAUAAUGGCAACUUGGACAUAAUGUGUCACAUCUGAAAAUAAUGCAGAAAUGAAAAGCUCUAUUUCAUAUAUAUAUAUAUAUAUAUAUAUAUAUAUAUAUAUAUAUAUAUAUAUAUAUAUAUAUAUAUAUAUAUAUAUAUAUAUAUACACAUACAUAUAUAUACAUACAUACAUACACACAUAUAUGUAUUUCAACUACAUCUUGGUUAUAUUUUAAAUGUAACAAGAAGUGCUUAGAAACUAUGUCCCUACUCAGGAAUAUUCCAAGGUUUCACCUUUUUGAGGUAGCUGAAUUGACCAAACAUUAUAUUAAAACUUAUAGAAUUUUUUUGACCAAAAGCAGACAGUAUAGAUUUUAUACUAUGCUUACUAUUAAAUAGGCUUAGAGGAGUAAAACAUAUUUGGGUUACCAUGCUUGCUUUUACUACAAUGCCAUUUCACCUUUUUAAGUACUUUUUAUUAUUAUUAUGGACACUGACAUUGAUGCUUAAUGGCUCCUUAAUUCAUUAAUUCCAUCAUUAAAAGCUGCCUACAUGCCUGAAAACAGCAUAUCUAAAUAAUAACUUGAAAUGGUUGUAGAGUUUAGGUAAUGUAUAGACUUUCAAUAAAUUUCAGUUUACACAA